AGGAGCCGUAGAAGAAGAAGCUGUCAGCGGGGAGGAAACACUUUUUCUCUUUUCUUUUUGUCUCUAGACGCUCCAGGCUCCUCAGCGGAAUGCAGUCGCUGUUGUGAAAUCUUGUGUUCCUCCUCCAAACCGCCAGAAAAACCGGACCGGCCUCCUGCUCUCUUCCCUCGGGUCGCUCGGCGGUUCCUUCCCGGCGUUUCUUCCGUUGCCUGACCGGUGCAGCCCGCAGAGAUGUCCGACAACGGCGGCUCGGCUGUCGGCCUGCUGUCCUACGAGACGCUGGUUCACGCUGUGGCGGGAGCGAUGGGCAGUGUGACAGCCAUGACCGUCUUCUUCCCCCUGGACACCGCUAAGAGCCGGCUGCAGGUGGAUGAGAAACGGAAAUCUAACUCGACCCCCAUCAUCCUGGCUGAGAUAGCAAAAGAAGAAGGCCUUCUGUCUCUGUACAGAGGCUGGUUCCCAGUCAUCUCCAGCCUCUGCUGCUCCAACUUCGUCUACUUCUACACCUUCAACACGCUGAAGAGGCUGGCACCAUCCAGACCAGGCAUGUCCAGACCUGGCAGAGACCUGCUCAUAGGAAUCGUAUCAGGAGUCGUGAACGUUCUCACCACCACUCCCAUGUGGGUGGUCAACACCCGCCUGAAGCUGCAGGGGGUGAAGUUCAGAAACGAGGACCUCCAUCAGACCCAGUACAGAGGCAUAUUUGACGCUUUCUCUCAGAUCAUCGCCAACGAAGGAGUGGGAACUCUGUGGAACGGCACUCUGCCUUCCCUCAUCCUCGUCCUCAACCCGGCGGUUCAGUUCAUGUUUUAUGAGGCCAUGAAGAGGAAGGCGGGCAGAGGAGGGAGGAAGAUAUCCUCAGCAGAGAUCUUCCUCAUCGGAGCCAUAGCCAAAGCCAUCGCUACCACUGCAACGUAUCCUCUUCAGACAGUUCAGGCCAUCCUCAGGUUCGGUCAGUACAAAGGUGACGGCAAGGGAGGCGUCAUUGGAAGUCUCUCCAACGUUCUGUUCCUGCUGAUGGACAGAAUCAAGAGACACGGAGUUCUUGGUCUGUACAAAGGCCUGGAGGCCAAGCUGCUGCAGACGGUGCUGACGGCCGCCCUCAUGUUCGUCGUGUACGAGAAGAUCACUGCUGCUACCUUCAAGGUCAUGGGCCUCAGCAGGAAGCUGAAGCGCUGAAAACUCCUACUUGAAACACCAUCGGUGCACAUAUCAUGAGGAAAAAGCUAGGAUUUGUUUCAACCGCGUCCAUGUUGUAGUAGGAGUUGAGAUUGGUGCCUUUAGGGCCAAAAAUUCACCAGAGGUGGGUUUAAUUCUCCAGAUACCCCCUCGUUCUUAACAUUUAAGUGAUUCUCUGUGUGUGUGUGUGUGUGUGUGUGUGUGUGUGUGUGUGUGUGUGUGUGUGUGUGUGUGUGUGUGUGUGUGUGUGUGUGUGUGUGUGUGUGUGUGUGUGUGUGUGUGUGUGUGUGUGUGCAGGUUUCCUCCACUGGGAAUCUCCUGCUUUCAGUAAGUUUUAUUUUCCUGUCAGAAGUUUGUCGGAUGCAGCAGUAAAGUGGCACCAAUCCUGAAAUGCUCAUCUGAGAGGCAAAACGAAUGUUCUUUUUCAGUUCCACUUGCUGGAAAAACCUGCCUGCAGCUGAUGUCUUGGUGUUAAAUUUAGCAAACAGGUUUUAAAAUUAUUUGGGCAAAAGGAUCAAAGUGUUAAAGCAAAAGUUUGACAUUUUGAUAAAAACGGUCAUUUGCUCUCUUAACUCUUUGAUGCACAACAUGGGUCAAAAGAUACCCAUUUUCCAUUAAAUAUGGGUCACUUUUGACCCAUGUUAUGCAUCAAAGGGUAAAAGAUUUUUACAGUUGUCAUGUUCACAAAGUAGCCAGGUUAGCAUAAAGAAGACUAGAAACGGGAGCUCAACCGUCUUGAUUAAACUAAAUCUGCCAUCCAGAGCUCAGUAAAUAACACGCAGCUUCUUUAGUUUAGCUAGCUCAGGAUUAAACAUGUUGUUAUUAAGCUUUAAAGAUGCUGCUGGGCAGAUUUAGCUGCGUUAAGUUUAGCUUUAGCCUCUGUGCUAUGCUAAUUUAGCAGUGGUUCUGUAUUUAACUGCUACAGGUGAGAUUGUUUUUGAUCUUCACGUCAGUAUUUUACAGUAGAAUUGAAAGUGCAGAGUUUUUUCUGCAUCGAGGACGAAUUUCUUUGAAACACACUCACUGAAGUGUGUAGUUACUGAAAAAAACUCCGAAGUGUCGUCUUUCACAAAAUGUCAAACUUUUACUUUAUUAACAGGAUUAUGCAGUUUUUGAGACCAAUAUUUGAGCGUCGCCUUAAUCUCAGACACCAGACCAUCCUUCAUGUGCACUUUUGUUUUACUUUAAAUUUCUAAAAUUACUGUUUUUAUGUUCUUACUUAAGGUGUCAUUAUUACACACAAACUAGCAGUGAAGAAGCGAGCAGGGGAAUGACAAAGUCUCCUUUUCAGAAAGAUUUUAACAGUUGUAUUAUGUCUAAAAUGAAUAGAAUCCCUUUGAGAAUUAACUUGCAUUAAGAGUUUGUUGGACUUACUGCUGUAGGUACUAAGUGCCUCUAAAUUUAUACCAUGAAAUUAUGUGAUGACUGUUGAUUUACACAGAGUUCUGCCAGUAUACACACACGUUCUGUCACAUAGGAGUCUUCCAUUAUUUAUAUCACCGUGAAUUGUCUCUGUUUCGUUAAAUGGACGUCGACGCUGCCUUCGACCUCGCUGACGUUGGAUUCGCUCCUUUUGCUGCUAUUGAAACUCAGCUCACCUGUAAUUGUGUCUCUGUAGCACUGAUCGAGGUAGAAAUGACAGAUUUCAGCUGGUAAAUAUGUCACUGUAUGUUAAACAGCAGCAAAAGUAGCGACACGUGACAAAAAAAAGUCAAACUGUGGGUAUUAAUCACUUAUUCACUCCACAUGUUUACAUUAAAAUACUGUCAUCUUCACUUUUUUUAACGUUUUCUUUUCUAAUUUUGUUUAAGUUGCAGUAACACUGUUUUGGGAUUUAAAUUAUUGUUAUAACUAGGGAACAAUAAAGUCUGAGGAACAACA